CAAGGCAGAAGUGCAGGCAGAAGGGAGCCAGAGAGGCCGAGCUGCGCCACAAGGAAGGACAGCGACAGGGUGAGACGACACGGGGAUCCCUCUGCCACCACGCCAUGUCCCUGGUGGAGACGAUCCGGCUGUGGCAAGAAGGGGUGUGCGCUGCGGACAGGAAGGAGUGGAGCGCUGCCCUGGACGCCUUCUCGGCCGUCCAGAACCCCCCUGCCAAAAUCUGCUUCAACAUCGGCUGCAUCCAGCUUGUCCUGGGGAAGCUGGCCGAGGCGGAGGAGGCGUUCACCCGGAGCAUCGGCUGUGACAAGCACCUGGCUGUGGCUUACUUCCAGCGGGGGACCGUGUCUUACCGGAGCCAGAACCAUGGAAAGGCCAUGGAGGAUUUCAAAGAGGCGCUGGCCCAGCUGCGAGGGAACCAACUCAUCGACUACAAGAUCCUGGGGCUGCACUACCGGCUCUUUGCCUGCGAGAUUCUCUACAACAUUGCACUGGUGUAUGCCACAACAGAGAACUGGGAGAAGGCUGAGGAGCACCUGACCCUGGCCAUGAGCAUGAAGAGUGAGCCCCAGCACAACAAGAUAGACAGGGCAAUGGAAGCCAUCCUGAAGCAGAAGCUCUGUGAGCUGGUGGCCAUUCCUGCAGGGAAGCUGUUCAGGCCAAAUGAGAAGCAAGUGGCUCAGCUGGAGAAGAAGGACUACCUGGGAAAGGCAAUGGUGGUGGCCUCUGUGGUGGACAAGGAUGAUUUUUCAGGAUUUGCUCCCCUGCAGCCACAGGCCUCUGGUCCUCCACCCAGGCCCAAGACCCCAGAAAUCCUCAGGGCCCUCACAGGGCAGCCACACCGUGUCAUGUACGAGUUCAUUCCCGAGACCGAGGAGGAGCUGCAGGUCCUGCCAGGAAACAUUGUCUUUGUACUGAAGAAAGAGAAGGACAAUUGGGCUACAGUGAUGUUCAAUGGAAAGAAAGGGAUUGUCCCCUGCAACUUCCUCGAGCCUGUGGAGCUCCACAAUAAGCUGCAUAUCCAGGAGGAAGCCCCUGUGGAAGCCGAGAUCCCCGAGUCACCCACCCACAGUGUGCCGGAGAGGCCGCGGCGGCUGGCGCCAGACCGCGUUCCUGCUACCGUGGUGCAGCCAAGAGACACAGCAAAGGAGGCUGAACCAACUGUCCUCAAGGUGCACUACAAAUUCACAGUGGCCCUGAGAGUCGAUCGAGGCCACUCCUACAAGGAGCUCCUGGAGCUGGUUUGCAGGAAGCUGGAGCUGCAGCCCGAGCACACGGAGCUGAGGUACAAGCCUGUGGAGGGCCAGGAGCUGGUGACUCUGAGUGCAGAGAACGUGGAGGCAGCCUGGAGCCAGAGCAAGGACAACUGCCUGACAGUCUGGUGCAAUGGCACAGAGGGAAAGGGGUUUGUACCAGACAGCAAAGCAGAGGAGUCACUGCAGGAGGCAACGCCUGGGGAGACGGGACCCAAGCACGUUGUAGCUCAGUACAGUUAUGAAGCCACCCAACCUGAAGACCUGGAGUUUCAGGCAGGAGACACGAUCCUUGUUUUAUCCAAAGUGAAUGAAGACUGGUUUGAAGGCAAGUGCAAGGGGAGGACUGGCAUCUUCCCAUCGGCGUUUGUUCAACAGCCCAACACUGAACACCCAGAGAAGUGAUCUCAGAAAAGCUUGAAGUUGUGGAGAGAAAUUAAGAAUUCAACUGUUGCCAUUAUGUAGUCUGCAUGUUAAUCCCUGCAUCUGAAAAUGAACUUUAAAUGUUAUUGCUACUUGUAUUAAAAGCUUUAUAUUUUCUCUUA